UUUUAUUGCGCCGUACCACGCUGGUUUGUGUGCAGUCAUGGUGGUGGACGACAGAGGAAGCUGAAAGCGAACAGCCUGGCAGGAUUUCAUCAUGUGUGGAGGUGGAGGAGAUGCCGGUUAGUGGUUAAUGUUUCCUGUUUAUGUGACUCCCCCGGUAUUUAUGUCAAACGCACUCACACAACAGUUAUUCUGAAGACGACACCGACAAUGGACGACUGUGCUCAGGAAAGGCCACUGUUUACAUUCGGCGUGAUAGCCGACAUUCAGUACGCAAAUAUCGACGAUGGAUACAACUACAGCCGGUCGAGGAGGCGGUACUACCGGAGCAGUCUCCAGCUGCUCAGAAAUGCCCAGGAAAGUUGGUCAGAGUCGGCCGUCAAGCCAGAGUUCAUCCUCCAGCUGGGAGACAUUAUCGACGGCUUCAACAAGGGCCACAACGCCUCCGAGCGAGCCCUGGACACCGUGCUGAGAGAGUUCAGCUCCAGCCCCGUGGAGGUCCACCAUGUGUGGGGCAACCACGAGUUUUAUAACUUCAGCAGGAGCGCGCUGCUUGGUUCAAAGCUCAACAGCACACUGCACACCGACAGGAUCCUGAGUGAAACCCGGCCAGGUCCUGAGAUCUACGCCUACCACUUCAGCCCGUUCCCCGGGUUCACGUUUGUUGUGCUGGAUGCCUAUGAUGUGAGCCUGCUGGGCAGAGAGGAGUCCAGCGAACAGUACAAGAGCGCUAUGAAUGUGAUCAGACAGUACAACAACAACGAGGACCUCAACUGUCCCCCAGCGUGUGAGGGCCUGGAACAGAGGUUUACAAUGUUCAACGGUGGGUUCAGUAAGGAGCAGCUGGACUGGCUGGACUCUGUGCUGUCCUCAGCUGAUGACAAACGGGAGAGAGUCACUAUCGUCAGUCACCUCCCUGUCCACCCCUGCUCCACAGACCCCAUCUGCCUCGCCUGGAACUUCGAUGAACUCCUCGGCAUCAUACGCUCACACAGCAGCGUGGUGUGUUUCAUGGCCGGACACGACCACGACGGAGGAUACGUCAAGGAUAAAGACACAGGGGUGCACCACCUGACGUUGGAGGGGGUGAUUGAGACUCUGCCUGACAGCAACGCCUUCGGCACGGUCUCUGUCUACGAGGACAGGAUGGUGCUGAAAGGCAGUGGGAGGACCAGAGAUCGAGUGUUUCUGUUUCCAUGAUGCCAAAGUGACGCAGGUCAUAGGGCAGAAUGACAUGAAUCCAUCUCUGAAAGCAUAGGCCUUUUCAUGAUUUUAUCACCUGAAUGAAAUUCACUGAUUAAGAUAUAUUUUUGAAUUAUAACUUUAAAUUCUUUUAGUUAAAUUUAAAGGCCAAGAUGGGAAUACUUUAGUACUGACAACUAUGGUACAACAAAAACACUCUGCUCUGUUUUUUUAGAUACCAGCUGUCAUGUCCACUUACCUCAGCAGAACAAAAACAGUACCUCAAAUUAUUUAUUGCACUGAUGAGUUUGGAUUUUUAUUUUUUUUCUUAACAAAAUAUGACAUUACUCUUAAACACUGGUUGUUUUAUUCUGCAGGUUUAGUGAUAAAAGUUGCACAUGUAUUUAUAUAUUUGAAGAAGGUGAAUUUCUUUUAUAGGAAUUGCUGCCUUUUUGCAUGUUUGCUUACUGCACAAUACUGACUUUCUUAUACUGUUAUUUGCUGAGUGACAUACUGUGCAAUGUAAUGUUAAAUCUGGUAAAUGCAGUGUUCUGCUGUAACAGCAGCACAGGAUACGUGCAAAUCUGUAUUGUUUACAAUGUAAAACAAUAUGAUGAAUAAUAAAAAUCUUCAUACCAGCAG